CAUUGCCUGCGCCCCUGCCCCGCCUCUGCCCACCCGGCCCAGUCCCUUACAACUGCCCCAGGACUGCUCCUGAGCAGCCGCUGAGACAGACGGCCACCAGGUUGCCCCUCUGCUCCAGCUAGAAAGACUUGAGUUAGACAAGCAGAAGCUCAUACCUCCCUACCUCAUGGCAACAGAAAAUGGAGCAGCGGAGCUGGGAAUCCAGAACCCGACAGCAGAUAAAACACCUAAAGGUGCCACAGGCAAAAAGAAAGUCCCUGGACUCUCAGAUCCAAAGAAAGACCUUGGUCCCCCAGACCAAAAGAAAGCUCCUGAUCCAUCCACCCUGAAGAAAGAUGCCAAAGCCCCUGCCCCAGAGAAAGGGGAUGGUGCUCUGGCCCAUCCCUCAACUAGUAGCCAGGGCCCCAAGGGAGAGUGUGACAGGGGUGGGGGUCCUGCGGAGGGUAGUGCUGGGCAGCCAGCAGCCCUACCCCAGCAGACUGCGACAGCCAAGGCCAGUGACAAGAAGCCCAGUGCUGAGCAGUCAACCUCAGACAGCAAGGACCCUGGAGAGCCCAAGGUGGGCAAGAAGGCCACAGGGGGCCAAGCAGCAGCCCGGAGGGGCUCACCCGCCUUUCUGCAUAGCCCCAGUUGCCCUGCCAUUAUCUGGAGCUCUGAGAAGCUGUUGGCCAAGAAGCCCCUAAGAGAGGCAUCAGAGCUCACCUUCGAAGGGGUGCCUGAGACCCCGAGACCCACGGAUCCCAGCCCGGUCAAGGUAGAAGGAGGAAAGAACAUCCCGGCAGGGAGCCAGAAGGAAGCAGGAGAGAAAGCCCCAGGCCAGGCUGGCCAGGCUAAGGUGCAAGCGGACACCUCGAGGGGGAUCGAGUUCCAGGCUGUUCCCUCAGAGAGACCGGAGGUGGGGCAGGCCCUCUGUCUCACAGCCAGGGAGGAGGACUGCUUCCAGAUUUUGGACGACUGCCCACCACCCCCGGCCCCCUUUCCCCAUCGCAUCGUGGAGCUGAGAACCGGAAACGUCAACAGCGAAUUCAGCAUGAACUCCAAGGAGGCCCUGGGAGGAGGCAAGUUUGGAGCAGUCUGUACCUGCACAGAAAGAGCCACAGGCCUCAAGCUGGCAGCCAAGGUCAUCAAGAAACAGACCCCCAAAGAUAAGGAAACGGUGAAGCUUGAGAUCGAGGUCAUGAACCAGCUGAAUCACCGCAAUCUGAUCCAGCUCUACGCAGCCAUCGAGACCGCGCAUGAGAUUGUCCUGUUCAUGGAGUACAUCGAGGGCGGCGAGCUCUUCGAGAGGAUUGUGGAUGAGGACUACCACCUGACCGAGGUGGAUACCAUGGUGUUUGUCAGGCAGAUCUGCGACGGGAUUCUCUUCAUGCACAAGAUGAGGGUUCUGCACCUGGACCUCAAGCCAGAGAACAUCCUGUGUGUCAACACUACGGGUCAUUUGGUGAAGAUCAUUGACUUUGGCCUGGCACGGAGGUAUAAGCCCCAUGAGAAGCUGAAGGUGAACUUUGGGACCCCAGAGUUCCUGUCACCUGAAGUGGUGAAUUAUGACCAGAUCUCUGACAAGACGGACAUGUGGAGCCUGGGUGUUAUCACCUACAUGCUGCUGAGUGGCCUUUCCCCCUUCCUGGGAGAUGAUGACACAGAGACGCUAAACAACGUUCUGUCUGGUAACUGGUACUUUGAUGAGGAGACUUUCGAGGCUGUAUCAGAUGAGGCCAAGGACUUUGUCUCCAACCUCAUCGUCAAGGACCAGAGGGCCCGGAUGAGUGCUGCUGAGUGUCUCGACCACCCCUGGCUCAACAACCUAGCUGAGAAAGCCAAGCGCUGUAACAGACGCCUCAAGUCCCAGAUCUUGCUUAAGAAAUACCUCAUGAAGAGGCGCUGGAAGAAAAACUUCAUUGCUGUCAGCGCUGCCAACCGCUUCAAGAAGAUCAGUAGCUCGGGGGCACUGAUGGCUCUGGGGGUCUGAGCCCCGAGAGCAGCUGAGGCCUGGAUGCAGCCGCAUAGUGGACGGGGCUGAGGCCACACAGCCCAGAAGGCCAAAGAAGGCAACCAGAACCCCAGGCCGGGCUGGCCAGGACAAGGCUGCGCCAGGCUGGGAGGCUCGGGGCUCCCCACGCCCCCGUGCAGUGACCGCUUCCCCGACAUGAACCGCCCGGAGUGUGGCCUGGACCCAUCCUGCUAGUGCCUCCCCAGACAGGGCUGCUGCCUGUCAGCCACAACCUAGAAUCCACGGCCCAUUGAGGCCACUCCCUGUUCCCUCCCCAGCUCUCCUCUUUGAAUGGCUGCUUUGAUGACCCUGCUUUGCCCCUACUGGGGCAUCCCAGCCUGGGCUUGCUCCUAGCUGGGGUGGGAUGGCUGGGGGUCUUCACAUGCAGGACUCCUUUGGUUGUGGGUGGGAGGUUGCAGGGAGGCAGCAAUGCCGAAUCCUGAGGCCCAGCUGCCAGGAGAGACAGAGCAGGCUUUGUGAAAGAGGACCUCUGUGCCCUGCCGCCUCCCCAUCCCAGCAGAUAAGGCCUGGCCCACACCAUCUGGCCCGGGAUGGGCCCUACCCAUCUUUUUGCGACCACCAACACACAGGAACUCUGUGUGAGAGAGAGGGCGCCCAGCCCAGGCCUGGCGGAGGAGUAGGGGAAAAGCCUGGGGCCACAGGAGACCACCCCCGAGCUUGCCUCAGAGCUAGGCUGACCCAAUCCAGACACUCAUGGCCCCAUCUCUGGGGCACUCAUGGCCUAGAGGAUGGGGUCGGCAGGCCUAGGAGGAGUUGGAAGGCAACUGGGCAGCCCCCAGCCUGCUCUCAGCUUGUGGCUUGUAAAUAAAUGUACAGGUUGGUUGUGACCUCCU